AGACCAUCGAUUCUCCAAGAGAAGUGAGCAUGCGGCGAUGUGUGGCUUUCAGCUCUGGACGGAGGGCAAGGUCAGAAAAACAAACCUUCAACAUCACUAGCGCGGCUGUCCUCCGCCAAGGAGCACUCUCAAACCCCUCAUGCCACAGAGGGCUGUUGUGGAGAAUCCAGGCACUCGGACCCCCGCAACCAUCUUUUAGCCAGAUAGAUGAGAGCGGCAUCCAAAGAAUCCACUAGGUCAUGACCGACCCACCGAUCGAUGGUUCGACCGGAUGCAGACCGGUUGGGGGUCUCCACAUGAGGAGGAUCUUCACUGUGCAGCAUGGAUCCUGACUGGGUGGCUCCCUGGGCCACUCAGGAGACAGAGAGGUGGGGCAUGUUCAACAGCUGGUUUGUGACUUCCCCUGGUCCCACAUGGAGAAGCUGGCUUUCCUGUUCCCUUGGAGCCUCCUCCGACCCGAAUCUCCCCACAGAGAAGAAACACUACCAGGAGUGGUACAUCAGCGACACGCCGGACAGGGACCGGUCCUCCCCGGGCAGCAUCGACAGCGGAGGGGUCCAGGGCGGUGGGCGGACGAGGAGGAGGAGAAGCAGGAGCCCCCCGCAGCUGGACUCGUGUAGAGGCUCUGCGGGCAGUCGCCGGUCCUCCGGGAGCAAGGUGGGGUCAGGGCAGCGGGCGUCCGGCGAGAUGAGCGUGGACGGGCCCAGCUCCAGCAGCAACGGUGACGCCCUGGGGAGAGACGACAGGGUCCCCGACGGCCACAAGUUGGGGCCGGUGUCGGAUAAGCCUGGGGACACCGUCUGGGGAUACCCCUGGGACUGGGGCCAGCGGGACGGGUCAGCUGACGGGCUAUCUGUGGACGGCCCUGCCUUUGGCUAUCUGAACAACUGUGGUGGCUGUGGGGAAUUAAUCAAAAAAGGCUUCCUGGAGGAAGAGGAGGAGGAAGGGUUUCAGGAGUCUUUGAGGAUGGAGGAGAUGUGCAAGGAAAAAGCUAAGGAGCAGACAUUUGGAGAUGACACCUUAAGGCCAGAGAAUGCAUCAGUCAAUCCAUCAGUGUGUAAACAGGCCGGGAGCUCCAUUGCUUCCUUCAAACGGCUGGACCCUUAUGAGGUGCCGUGUGACAUUAUCCACUGGGGAAAAUAA